AUGGGCCGCCACUUGUCCGACAGCGAGGACGACAGCCGCAGUCGGCGCAAAAAGAAGCACAGACACCGCUCCUCUUCCUCGUCUUCCUCAUCCAGCUCAUCGGGAAGCCGUGUGACCAGCCGCAGUAAACACUCGAGCAGACGAAGCCGCUCGCGCUCCAAAGACAGAGGCCGAGACAAGAAGCUGCAGGCGCAGGCAUCGCUCCAGCAGCAGCUCCUCGAGAGGCUCCAGCCACAGAAAGAGAAGCCACAGUACCGAAAGGAGGCGGAGCCGAAGCGCAGACAGGGGGCGGGGCCACAGAUCACGCCGUUCUCACUCCCGGAUUCGCAGGAGGUCUCGUUCCCGUCACCGCAGAUCCGCAGCCGGAGCAGCGGCCGAUCCAGUAGGAGACGCAGUCGGAGCAGAGAACGUGACCGCUGUCAGCGCAAAACUCGAGACAAAGACAGGGACAGAGAAAAAGACAGAGGAGGCGACCGAGGCCGUGACAGAGAUAAAAAAGAUACCAAAGCCAAAGAAAAGAAAAAACUAGGGGACGCGGUGAACAUCAAAGCCGGAUUAGAACAUCUGACAGCAGCUGAACAGGCCAAGGCUCGACUCCAGCUAGUGCUCCAGGCCGCAGCCAGGACAGACGAGGCAUUGAAAGCAAAGGAAAAGAAAGACGAGGAGGAAAGGAAGAUCAAAGCGGAAGAAGAGGUCUCUCUCGCCGAGCAGGUGAGGAGGAUAAAGGAGAUCGAGGCCAUCGAGAGCGACUCUUUUGUUCCUCAGGCUUUCAAAUCAUCCCGGGACGCCGCCAAGGUAAUUGAAUCUGCAGAAAUCCAGGAGGCGGAGUCUGGUGACAUUUCCACCGUGAGAGAGGAUGUCAUCUCUCUACCCACUGCCAUCAAGUACAGUAACAGCGACACACUUGCUCACCCCAGUUUAUUCAUAGAUAAAGAGGAGGCGGAGAAGUUGUGGCUGAAUCGACUCCUGUCACUGCGCCAGGAGAGGCUCAUGGGAAGUCCUGUGGCCUGAACUUGACUCUGCAUAAUCUGAAGAUCAGCUCCUUAAAUAUGAAUUUCUUUUAAUCAGGGUACAGUUUAUUAAUAAAGGCUGUUGACUGGUUUUUAUUCAGGAAAAUGGUAAACUUAGUGAUUUUUUUUAUACCAUUAAGGAUUAUGUUAAUACAAUUACUUUUUGUUAAUAAAUUAAAUGAGUUUCCUUUUGUUAGGUUCGAUCUGAGUUCAGCAUUAACUCUGGAGUCAGUUGGCAAAUCGAGGGGGGGGAAUCUCAUGAUCAUAUGAGACAUCAAACUCCAUUUGCUUUCUUUAUGCAAUGCCGGAAGUGUGAUGGCAGCAUAGAGAUCUGAUAUAAUGCUGUUAAUUUAGCGACACGCAGUACGAUGUCAUCUCAUAGACAUUUUCAACCCACCAAAAAAAUCAGAUUAAAUGGUAGUUUUGACCAAAAUGAAAGAAAAUGUUUAAACCUGUCAGCAUGACUUUUAAUUGGCCGCACAAAGUGAGCACAUUUCUAGUCAGAAGAAAAAACUUUUUACAUUUUGCAAAACAUUGUUUAUACAAGCAAAACAAUACAUCCACCUAGAUAUGUCUGUUUUUUUUUUGCUUUAUAUUUGUUUUCAAAAUAAAAUAAAAAAACUUU